GGUCAAGUGAAAUGAAAUGUAAUCGAGUUGCUACAUACACUAUAGUUAAUCGGAUUCAGAUUUUAUUAUCGAAUUCGAACACUGCGCUCUAUCUCUCUCUCUAGCCGGCCGCCGAUUUCUGGCGCCCAAAUCGCAAACUUGUCUGAACGGUUCUAUAAACGAGAGCACCAAUCUUGCAGCGUCCUCCCUGCCUUUGGUUGUUUGGGUGUUUCAAGCGCGUCGAUAUCACAGGCCUUAAAAUCGAUUGUGUUUGGCGGUCUGCAAGUAAAGCUUUGAGCGAGAGAGAGGGAGAUGGUGUUGCCUCCGCAGGCGAAGAAGGCACUGUUCCAAGAGAGUGCUAAGAAGUUGGGAAAUCUGAUAGACCCAAUAAACCUGCCCUCCAACCUUCGAGAGUUCACUGGGGGCCAGUCCCAGAUGUCGCGCCUCAAGUGUUUCAUCCGUGUUUGGUCCUACAUCAAGGACAACAACCUUCAGGAUCCAAGAAAUAGAAACUUGGUUAACUGUGAUGACAAAUUGAGAAGCAUUUUUUUGGGCAAGAACAAAUUUGAACUGUCCGAGCUCCCGGGGCUUGUCAAAUUACAUUUUCCAGCAAAGUCAAAGUGAAUGAGGGCAAUCGUGAUUAGUAGAAAGGCUUUCAAUCUCUAUAUACACCCUGGCUUGGCUUCUAGAACUGUCUCAAAUUGGCUUGUAAAUCUGCAUCUGGUUGGUUCACUUGAUUGACAUAUUUAUCAGGCGAAAAUUUUGCACCUUCAUUGUUCUUGAUAUGAUCUGAGGUUUCUUCUAUGGUCGAAAUCCAGUUAUAAGUUCUUCCUUCCUCUC